AUGGAGCCGGCCCGGGAGCCCCCCGCGCGGACCCGGCCGCCGCCGCCCCCCGCCGCCCGCCCCGCGCCCGCCCCCGCAGCGCCCAGGCCGCGCUCGCCGGCGGAGGCGGAGGGCCGCGGACCCGAGGGGCUGCUGCGGCGAUCGGGGUCGGGCUAUGAGGGCAGCACCAGCUGGAAGGCGGCCUUGGAGGACACCACCACACGUCUCCUGCUGGGGGCCAUCGCAGUCCUUCUGUUUGCUAUCCUGGUGGUGAUGAGCAUCUUGGCUUCCAAGGGCUGUAUCAAGUGCGAAGCGCCCUGCCCAGAGGACUGGCUGCUCUACGGAAGGAAAUGCUACUUCUUUUCUGAGGAGCCGAGAGACUGGAACACGGGCAGGCAGCACUGCCAUACUCACGAUGCUGUGCUGGCUGUGAUUCAGAGCCAGAAGGAACUGGAGUUUAUGUUCAAGUUCACCCGGAGGGAGCCCUGGAUUGGCCUGCGCAGAGUGGGGGACGAAUUCCACUGGGUCAACGGGGACCCGUUUGACCCGGACACAUUCCCGAUCUCGGGCCUGGGAGAGUGCGUCUUCGUGGAGCCCACCAGGCUGGUGUCGACGGAGUGUCUUAUGACCCGGCCCUGGGUGUGCAGCAAGAUGGCCUACACAUGAGGUGGGUCAGGCCAGAGGCAGCUCUCCAGCCAGGCGCCGAGACCUGCCCGCCCCAGGCUGCUCUCCAAGGCGAAGCAGUGAGGAGGGUGGCCUGCGCUCCGGCCCCCAUUCAGGUCCCACAGCCCUGGUUCCUGGUUUCCUUGGCCCCAGGCAGGUCCUGUGGUUCAGCCGUCAAAUCCCACAUGCUCAGUAGUGUAGACGCCCCCCAAACACACACACACACACACACAUGCACACGCACGCAUGCACGCACACGUCUGCACACGGUCCCUUCUCAAGUUCAGAGUCCACCCUUAGCCACCCCAACAAAUCCCUCCCUGGCCCAGACCUGGAAUACUUCCUCCGGCACCGUCACAGAGUGCAUUACAGUCAUUUCUCCGGGGUGCUGGGGAGGCAGGGAGGGAGGCCUUCCCCUUACUGGGCCCCCUCCAUCCGCCCUGUUUGCCUCGCUGGGGCUCUCAGGCAGGCCCCUGCCGCGUCUGUGGUGCUGUGGUGUUGGUCACUGAUGGAAUAAAGAGAUGACUGGCGUCCAGAGAAA